AUGCGUACCACAAAGAGGACCAGUAUAGACGGUAUCACACCGCUCUGUUGUGCUCAAUCAUCGCCUCGUUCCCACAGCAGCGGACUUUACAUUCGCAAUUCACAGACUGUAUCUUCUGCAACGCCUCCGCGUCGGCCAUUCUCUCUGGAAACUCCACGAUCAUCACAUCAUACGACUAGCAACAAACAAGGCCAAAAUAAUCAUAAUCACAAUUAUCUUAAGAAACAUAUCAAUAAUGGGCUGAGUAGUUUUAGACAUCAAAAGGAUGAAGUUCACGAUAUUUUGCGAGGUGCUGUAGCAAAAUUAUUAGAUUUUAAUAAAUUUACUAUGCCCGUAUGGACUAGACGGGUUUCGGCAUUGGAUGCACGUAUACGGCGAUUACCUGUUGGAGAUGAAAGUUUUUUAGAACGUGCAGCCGAAAAAUUGUCGGCAUGUCUUGAUGAACUUAACGAUACAUUACAAAUGUUAAGUGAUUCUACACAAACACCAGAGACUUCCAUAAGGUGGAAGAGGUAUGUACAAAAUUCACAAGAAUCAUUGUUAGAUAUCAAGACUUCAGUAUUUGCAUUGCAGUCCCGUAUUAAAAAGAUCCUCUCUUUUGCUACUUCUACAUCUCCUAAAACACUUGACCGUGUGCUUUAUUUCAUGGGCGCUAAUGCUUCCCCAACAAAAACAAGACAUACAAGAACAAACACAAGACCUCUUCAUUCUCGCAGGACAACCGAUGAAAGAGGAAAGGGUCCCCGUUCUAAUCCUUCUUCAACGAUGGGGUUUUCUUCAUAUGGAUCAUCCUCUGCUGGGCGGCGGAGUGAUGAAUCUCUAGAUGAGUUGGCGGCGGCUCGAUCGGGAUCUAAUCAUGGUACACCAGUGCGAACACGCCGAGCACGUCAACGCUCCCUCACGGGCUCAGAGGGAAAUUCCAGCCAUUGUGAAUCCCCUAAACAUAGUCGAUCUCAAGAACAUCAUCAUCAUAAUCAUAAUCAUCAUUCUUCUUCAGAACAACGACCACGACCACGACCACGACCACUAGCACCACUACAACAACAAAAACAGCAACAACAACGGUCUGUACUCUCAGCUUUAGAUCGACGUCAUUCAUGGGCUGAUAUUUUAACACAAUAUUCUAUGCGGUGUUCGAGAACGCUUAGUUCCCCCCAUCGGAGUCCCUUACUACGUAAGGAACCUUUCUAUGAUUCUGUUGAAGAAUAUACUCGUCCCACUAAGUUCCUUUCCAAGGAACCAAUUCAUGAUUUUAGGGAUAAUGGCAUUAAUUCUAAUCGUCGGGGUAGUGGGCUAUGGGAUGUUGGUCUGACAGAAAAUGAAUGUCAACAUGAUGUACUUUAUCAUUCUAGAAGUCGUGAUCGAAGUAAGCAACAACUUCAACCUGAUGAACGCUGUAGGCUUUUAGAACGGAUUGACAUUUUGGAGAAAUCAUUUGAUUCACGGAAUGCCUCAAGUUUAAAAGAAGCAGAAAAUUUAUUCAACAAAUUAUAUGGUUCCCGACGUGGACCACGGUAUUAUUCAGAGUGGAUAGAUGAUAUGGAAAUGCGGGCAGUUCGCCAUCGGUGA